AUGUCUUCCAUUGAAAGUGAACAACAAUCCUCGACAAGUACCAUGAAUACUUCCGCUUCCACAGCUGCUCUUGAAUUAGAGUUACAAGCUCAUGCCGAAGAUGAAAACAUUGAUGUCGAAGAAGCAGUGAGAGAAGAAUUUGCAACUUCACUCUCCGUGAGUGCUCUCAAUCAAUUACAAGCUCAUUCGUAUCACUUGACAGAUGCUCAGCAAGGAAUUUUAGAGAAAUUCAAAGAAAUGGUGAAUGGAGAACGUUCAAAAAUGACCAAUUUACAAAUUUAUUAUUGUUUUCAUGAUGAACCAAAAACAUUGAUUCGAUAUUUGAAAGCAAGAGAUUGGGACCUCAAUAAUUCCUUCAAAUUACUCAAAUCUUCUCUCACAUGGAUUGAAUCUUCCUAUAAACCUUAUCAAUUGACAGCCAAACAAUUGUGGUUCGAAGCAAGUGCUGCUAAAAUUUAUAUUCGUGGUUUUGAUAAGGCCAAUCGACCAAUUAUCUAUCUCCAUGCUGGUCGUGAUCUUACUAAGGAUCCAGUCGUUGGUUUAUAUCUCCUUGUAUAUACUCUCAUAGCUGCCACCUAUCGAGUAUCAUCUACGAAUGGACAAGAAUGUCAACAAAUCACAUGGAUUUGUGAUUUCAGAGAUUACACAACAAAAUCAGCACCUCCCUUGAGUGUAUGUAAACAAGCAGUAGAAAUUUUAGGUUCUCAUUUCCCUGAACGAUUGGGUCUUUGCUUGAUGGUUCAUGCUCCCAAAGUUUUUCAUUGGUUUUACAAAAUUAUUUCUCCAUUCAUUCCUCCUGUGACUAAACAGAAAAUACAAUUUUGUAAAGGAACUAAACAUGCAGAGCUGAGAGCUUUUAUGGAACCUUUUAUUGAUGUUUCUCAAUUAGAUAAGAGUUAUGGAGGUGAUAAGGAUAUUAUUUAUAAUCAUGAAGAACAAUGGAGAGAGGAAAUGGAAUGGGAUAAAAAGAGAAUUAUGAAAAUGAAAGAACAUGGAGCUAUUAAGGAACAAGAGGCAGAUCAAAUGUUGAACGAACCAGUGGUGAACUCUAUGGAUAAGCAUGUCAAGUUCUUUAAGAAUAGAAAACAUUAA